AUGACAAACGUCUUUGACAAGCACAAGGACAAACUGUCCGGGGUGUGGACGCUGCUCUCAGCCGACAUGUACGAUUCGGAAGGGCCCGACAGGAAACUGCUGGGCAGGCCAUUUGGCGACAACCCGUUGGGCAGAGUGGUCAUUUCAGCGUCGGGCUUCCUGCUCGCGACAUUGGUCCAACCGCCGGGCCUGGAGCCCCUGGCGUCGGCCGACCCCACGGACGCUGAGUUGGUGCGCAUCGGCCGCAGCCUGUCCUCGUACGGCGGCUUCAUGACGCUGUCGGAGCAGGACGACGGCUCCCUGCUGUGGCACACCCAGGUCGAGGUGGCCAGCAACCCGAACUGGAUCGGCAAGCCGCAGACGAGGGUGGCUCGGUACUCCAGUGACGGCGGAGCUGAGUACAUGACGCUCAAUCCUGUCAAGUGGUAUACUCUCAAGGAUGGACAACAGGCUCGGGGAGAAUUCAAGUGGCGCAAGAUCGGGUCUUGA